AUGUUAUUUGCUCAAGAACACAAGAAAAAAAGCAGCAACCCUGACAUCCAGGAACUGGCUUGGUACAAUCAGCUAGCCCUGGGGUUACAGGCACUGGCCCAGCUUUCUCCUGGCCGGCACGAACAAUGUCACAGGGCAGCAACAUCAGCCUCGGGGCCCAGGAUCCCCGACGCCAGGGAUGGGGACUCGGUCCAGGCCGGAGGGAGAAUUCCACGCCGGCCCCCGCCUUCCUUCCCCGCACACACGCGCCCCGCCCGCGGCCAGCAGAAACCGGAAGACAAAGAAAGAAGGAAUGGGGAGGGGGCGCGAAGAAGAGGGGCAGAGGGUAGCCGCUGCCCCAGCAACAGCCAGAGAGGGAAGCGGCCAUGGAGUGGAGAGGCGAGGGGGUGGGAUGGGAAAGGGGUGGCGUGGGGGGGCGGCGGCUGGCAACCGGGGAGGGGGGACGCCCUGGGGCCGGCGGUCCAGCUCCGUCAGCCCACCCAUUCGUCCCCCUUAGGACUGAGGGGCAAACCGGAGGGUGUCCCAGAGAGAAAGGGCCGCGCGGGCUCGGCUCCCCAAGGUCAAGGCCGGACCCCGACAGAGCCGAGCCCAGACACCGGACUUACCUCGCAGCUGCCCCGCGCCCCGCGCCCCGCCCCGGUCGGGUCGGAGGAGCCCUCGGGCCGGGCCGGGCCGGGCCGGGCCGAGUCGGGGCGGGGGAUCGCGAGGGAAGAGGGCGGGCGGCAGGACCUUUGCUCGGGCCCCGCCCCUUGGAGCCCGGCGCGGCGGGAGGAGUGA